AUGGCGUCGGCCGUGGUCGACAUGCCGCACCGCGAGCGCGGAAAGCAGCGAGAGGGCGGCGAUUCCUAUCGUCCCGCUCGUGCUGCGCGCUCGCCCGUACCGGUGCCGGUGCGGACGGAGGAGGAGAAACAGGCGGCGGCAAAGGCCGAGUACGAGAAGCUGCUCAACAUGCGGUCGGGAGGCACGUACAUUCCGCCCGCGAGGCUCAGGGCGCUGCAGGCACAGAUCACGGACAAGACCAGCAAGGAGUACCAGCGGAUGGCGUGGGAGGCCCUCAAGAAGAGCAUCAACGGACUGAUCAAUAAGGUCAACACGGCCAACAUAAAGCACAUCGUCCCCGAGCUGUUUGGCGAGAACCUGAUCCGGGGGCGGGGCCUGUUCUGCCGUUCCGCAAGGGCUUCAAGCGAAACGACAAGGCCGUCUGCCUCUCCUCGACGACUUUCCUCGCGCACCUGA